CCCCCGGCCGCCCCUUAAUGACACACUGUCAUCACCAAACCAAAGCAAACGCCGGUGGAGUCGAGUCGAGUCGAGUCGAGUCGAGCGAGAGGCCCCGUCCCGUUCCCCCCCCUUCUCUUCCUCUUCCAACUCCAUUCAAGAUCACUGUUGCGCUGCACAAUCUGACUGACCACCAGGGGCAGCCACUCAUUCAUUCAUCCAUUCAUCUGUCUGUUAAGAAGAGAGCGAGAGAGCGAGAGGGGAGGAGGCCGGUGGUGGAGAUGAGGAGGCAAACAGCGGCUUCCGGGGGACGGUGGCGAGGAGGCGACGGCAGCGUUGCUGCGGCGUGGUGGGUGGGCGUGGUGGUCCUGGGUGGCCAUUUACUGAGCUGCGCGCAGGCGGGGCUGCUGGAGUCCAACCCGGGGCUGGCCUACAACUUCUACCAGAAGAGCUGCCCCAGCGUGGACUCCAUCGUCCGCAGCGUCACCUGGGCGCAGGUCGCCGCCAACCCCGCCCUCCCGGCUCGCCUCCUCCGCCUCCACUUCCAUGACUGCUUCGUCAAGGGCUGCGACGCGUCGAUCCUGCUGGACAACGCGCAGAGCGAGAAGACGGCGGCGCCGAACCUAUCCGUGGGCGGGUACGAGGUGAUCGACGCCAUCAAGGCGCAGCUCGAGAAGGCGUGCCCGGGCGUGGUCUCGUGCGCCGACAUCCUCGCGCUGGCGGCGCGCGACGCCGUCUCGUACCAGUUCAGGUCCUCGCUGUGGCAGGUGGAGACGGGCCGGCGGGACGGCACCGUGUCGCUGGCGUCCAACACGGGCACGCUGCCGUCGCCGUUCGCCGGGUUCGCGGGCCUGCUGUCGAGCUUCGCCAACCGCGGGCUCAACCUGACGGACCUCGUCGCGCUGUCGGGCGCGCACACCAUCGGCGUGGCCAGCUGCUCCAGCGUCACCCCGCGCCUGUACCAGGGGAACGCCACCGCCGUCGACCCGCUCCUCGACUCCGCCUACGCCAAGACGCUCAUGUCGUCGUGCCCCAACCCGUCCCCCGCCGCCGCCACCGUCGGCCUCGACGGCGGAUCGCCGUUCAAGUUCGACAGCGGGUACUACGCCAGGGUGCAGCAGAACCAGGGGACGCUGGCCUCCGACGCCGCGCUGGCGCAGAACGCCGCGGCGGCGCAGAUGGUGGCCGACCUCACCAACCCCAUCAAGUUCUACGCCGCCUUCUCCAUGUCCAUGAAGAAGAUGGGACGCGUCGAGGUGCUCACCGGCACCAAUGGACAGAUCAGGAAGCAGUGCCGCCAGGUCAACACCUCCUGACGACCUGAUCCUGAUCCUGAUCCUGAUCGGGCUACGCUCGCGCUCACUCAUCAGGCCAUGAAUGAUUCGUCUUCAUUUUUCAAAUGCCUUGCCUACCUGCCUGAUAUUAGGGUUGGCGCGCAUCAAUAUAUUGAGGCCUGUCCUCGCAAAAUCUAUUGGUUUGUUAUUACUCAUGUGUUCGGCGAUUGUCUUGUCUUACAACCAAAAAAGAAAAAUGUAAGAUGGCUCGCUGCUCGUCUUGGCAUUGCCGCUCAAAGCAAAGCAAAAGAAUGCGGCUAGUCAGGCUCCUUUAUUUACAGUGAAAGGCAGGCAGUGGUUAUUUACUAGUGA